AUGUGGUCCAUUCUAAGUGCCUUGCUUGCGUUGCCUCUCCUAGCUGUCAUCUCCAUCCCGCUCAUCCUGUCAGCAUGGGUAACAAUAUCAUUUGCGCUGUUCGCACUGGUACUACGACUUUCAGUGGUUUCUAUUGAACUGGUCUGUGGGAUAUUCUUGCAUUUUCUUUCAGUGCCUACUUCAUCGACGUCGUCGCUGUUAACCUUCGCGGCUUCGGAACCUACAACACCAGCAGAUGGUAGAUCCAGACGCAACUCCGGAUAUGGAGCACAGCCUCACAAGAAUAAUAACUCUCUUUCGUCAUGGACCAUUAGCACAAGCUUGGAGGACCCCGAAAAUAGGAGAAGAAACUCAUAUGCCCGCAGCAUGAUCGAAGCUCACAAUCUAUCGCCUUCAACAUCAUUCGGAUUCCCUGUCUGCGGAGAUGAAGGGCGGGACUUUGAAGGCGUAGGUGGCUGGCGCUCUUACAUGCCCUCAAAGGCUCGCAGCACCCACUCGCUCUAUGAGAAAGGCGCCAGCAAGGCUGCAAGUUCAGCAUCAUCCUCUGCAACCCAGAGCCGCAGCGGUGAAGGCGAUCCAGACGCAGAUAUCGACGCAGACGAGCGUGCCUGGCUAUCUCUAAAUAAUCGUCUUGAGCUUCCUUCUCAACUCGUUACUCUUGGAUUCACUGGCUAUUCUGCAACCACAUUGAACAGUCCAACGCAUUUUGACGACUCCAGCAACGGCCGCUAUCAUUUCCGGACCUUUUCACCAGAUGGAAAUUCACAUAGUCCCCAGUUUGAUGGACAUCAUAAUGCACCAAGAAAUCAUCACCGCUCACUUACGACGUCUUCACUUACAACAUCGGACCGCCGCACCGGCACGGGUCUUUCCCUCGCAUUGUUGACAAGACCUGAUACCACAGCUUCCCAUUCCAGGGAAUAUGGCUACGGCAUGUCUUCAUCUACGCCUCGUCUAUCAGCACCUUCCAUGACACCACAGCCAUAUUCGCCCUUCAAUACGCAGUCACGAAAUCUUUCCCGUGGAUUACCGACAAAUGCUGCACCAUAUACCAGCUCAUACCUCUCCAGCUCUGUCGAUGGAGGCCACAGCUUUGGAAGUAACAGCAGUGGUGGAGGUGGGGGUGGGUAUUUCUCUUUGAGACGACCGAGUUCUCCUGGGAAUCAUACACUCUCGCCUAGCGCUAGUGGUUAUACCACUCCUGGUGUUGGUAUUUCGACUGAUGAGCGUGAUGCGUCGUUGGGGUUUGCUCGUUUAAUGGCGCAUUAUCCUACCAGUCCGAGACAUCGGAGGCAGAGUGCCUCAGGGUCAAAUUCGAGAAUUCUGGGCCCUGGGUGA